GGUAGAUGAAGUAAUCGUCUGAUGCGAUCUAGUUUUACACAACUUCAGAAACAACAACUAAUCUUUACAUAUGUCAACAGAGGAAGUCGUGGCUUUAUUUCUGUCCAUCUCGGAAGUGCCGUUGGCUCAUUGUAUGGGUUCUCUGCAAAAACGUUAAUGGCGGAGAGCCAAGCUGUCGAAAAGUCAGGUCGCCGACGUUAUUCUUACCGUGAAAGGUCCAGUACCGAGAACGGAGAGAGCAGAGUACUCCAGUUAGCGGCGGAAAAAGCUGAAAAUGAAGAUGUCAGUUUCGACAACGAUGGCACAGACACAGGUCACAUGUAGACCACAGUGAUACCAAAGCAGACCCAGAUCCAUCAUACUGUGGCAGUGGAUCAAGCCUCCACCACACCCCUCCACACAUGCAGCCUGUGGCCAUAUGUUCAGGACAGGAGGAUGAUGCCUGCACAUGUCACCCCACUGGAGAGAAGCCUUACUCCUGCUCCGACUGUAACAAGACCUUCCACAGACAGGAAUCUAACACAAACUACUACACCAAGGGGGGAGGCCUCUGCCUGCCCGCGCACCUUCUUCCGUUCUGACGGACGCAAGCAACACAUGCCCACCAAGAGGACAGGCCCAAGCCGUACAUGUGCUCGCACUGCGGCAAAUACUUCUCCAACGCCACGGCGGUCGCCGCACACGGGAGAGCAGCCGUUUCCGUGCCCGUACUGUGAGAAGACGUUUGUGACCGCCAGUGUGGUGAAGGUGCAUGCCCUGUGCCACCUGAGUGAGCAACCUCGCCCGUGUACCCAGUGUGAUAAGAACUUCAGAACAGUGCAUGAUCUGAGACUUCAGCUGGUGACAAGGCCCUUCCUGUGUGAGAAGUGUCCCAACGCUUUCAGGACAGCCAGGAUUCUGCAUAACCACAAGGACUGUGACCACGCCUGUAAGGACUAGACCAAGACCUUCAAGACACCCCCAUCACCUGUGAGGACUGCAACAAGACACCCCCAUCACCUGUGAGGACUGCAACAAGACACCCCCAUCACCUGUGAGGAGUGCAACAAGACACCCCCAUCACCUGUGAGGACUGCAACAAGACACCCCAUCACCUGAAGCUCCACUCGGAGGACACGCCCUACGUCUGUCCCGACCGCCUCACCCUCCACUGCCGUACCCACGUUGCAGAGCCCAAGUCCAGGAAGACGCGCCACGAGUGUUCCAUGUG